CAGCCAGUAGAGUAUGAAAAACAGCAGCAGGCAGAAAAGGAGCAACUGCGAACGGGAGAAGGAAGCACGGCUUUUCCUGCCACACAACUGAAGCUGAGAGCCUUUCCUCUAACCAGCUGCAGGUUUCAGCCAUGUGGCUCUACCUGGCUGCCCUGCUGGGGCUUUACUUCCUUCGCCGAUGGUACCAGGAGAGACAGAAGGUGGAGAACCUGACGGAAAAAUUUGUCUUCAUCACGGGGUGUGACUCUGGCUUUGGAAACCUACUUGCCAGGCAGCUGGAUGCCCGGGGCCUGCGGGUGCUGGCAGCCUGUCUCACGCAGAAGGGGGCAGAGCAGCUGGACAAGGUCACCUCAGAGCGCUUGAAAACCUCCAUUCUGGAUGUCACCAGUAAGGAGAGUGUGGCGGCAGCGACGGAGUGGGUGAAAGGGUGCAUUGGAAGCAAAGGGCUUUGGGGCUUGGUGAACAACGCAGGCACAGCUCUACCAUCAGGUCCCAAUGAAUGGCUGACCAAAGAUGACUUUGCAAAGGUGAUCAAUGUCAACCUUCUUGGGAUGAUUGAUGUGACGCUACACAUGGUGCCUCUGGUGAGGAGAGCCAGAGGGAGGGUGGUCAACAUCUCCAGUACGAAUGGACGACUGGCAGUCUUUGGAGGUGGUUACUGCCCAUCCAAGUUUGGUGUGGAAGCCUUCUCUGACAGCCUGAGGCAAGAGCUCCAUCCUUUUGGAGUCCAAGUCAGCAUUAUUGAACCUGGUGGUUUCCAGACAACCAUUGCCGCAAGAGCAUUAGAGAAUUUAAAGAAUGUAUGGAACCGAGUGCCAUCUGACAUCAAAGAAGUCUAUGGGAAACAGUACUUGGAGAACUAUUGCAAAAUUGCCCAAUAUUCCAUUAACAUUGCCAGCAGCAAGCUUCACCUAGUCACUGACUGUAUGGAACAUGCCCUGACAUCCUGCUCCCCUCGCACUCGCUACUCUGCAGGAUGGGAUGCAAAGCUCUUGUAUGUUCCUGCCUUUUACUUUCCAACGUCCAUUGUUGACUUCGUGAUGAGCUGCAUUCAGCCCAAACCUGCUCAAGCAGUAUAGAUUGCUUUGAAGAAACCCUUUACAGUUGUCCAAAUGAGCCAACAAUCUGUGGAUGCUUGUUUAUGCAAAAUAGAAAAUGCAACAAACAAACUUUUGCAAGCAGUAUGAAUUGCUUUGAAGAAAAAGCUUUACAGUUAGAUUUCCAGGGGGGAAGCCAGUAGAUGGUGUUCCUGUUUUCAGUUUAGCUUAUACUGUAUUUCUAUAUAUGGUGGCUGAGAUAAGGGAUGCAGCUGCCAGCAUGGGAAAGAAGGAAGUGUCCUUGCUCUGAACCAGCUGCAGAGAUAAGGAGGAAUAUGAGUGGAAGGCUACCUUGAACUCAUGCUCUGACUUCAAAGUGUGAAAUCAAAGGAGGUGCCCUUAGAAGUGGAUGGGAAAAAGGACAAGAGCAUAAAGCACUUGCUACAGAAACGGUGGAAAGCUGCUCCAGGACGCUAUAAAAGGCCCCAACUGCAGCAAUCCAACAAGAUUCCAGUUUGGACUGACCAGGUAAAGUGCCAAGCAUAUUUUGGCCUGAGAAAGAGGGGUGCCGUCACUGGUUUCUGGAAUGUCUCCGUCAAAAAUGACGGAUAGCUGAGCCAGCUUCACAACUUUAUCUUUGAGUAUUCUUUCAUAUAGAGUUGUACCUUGGAAGUCAAACGGAAUCCAUUCAGGAAGUCCCUUCGACUUCCAAAACAUUCAGAAACCAAUAAGAAGCCGCACCGGACGUUUGAAAAUCAUUCCAGUUUUUGAUUGUUCAGGAGCUGAAAUGUACAAGUUCCAAAGUGUUUGGCAACCAAGGUACAACUGUACUUUAAUUGUAUAUUAGCACCUGUUGCUGUUUCUUUGCUUAUUAUGAUAGUAGUUAAUAAAGCUUGCUUCUACUGCCUAAAAGUUUGAGAUCCAAAGAACUAAUUUGCAAACAUUUUAGCAAAUAGGAUGAAAAAAUCUUAGGUAAAAAUAUACAUCAAGGUGAAUAUAUACAUCAAGAUCAGGCACGGUUUCUGCCAGGUAGAAAAAGCCAAAAAAGCUUUUGAUAAUGUUUCCUGGGAUUUCAUGAAAAAAUUACUUGAAGAAAUUAAUUGUGUAUAUAAAUUUUUAACAGGAAUACAAGCAAUAUACUGGGAACAAAUUGCGAAAUUAAUUGUAAAUCAGGUGAUAAUGAAUGAAUGUAAAAUACAAAAAGGAACUAGGUAAGGAUGUCCGUUAGCACCAAUAUUGUUCAUUCUGGUCCUGGAAAUACUUGAAAGAAAUAUAAGAGCAGAUAAAGAUAUUAAAGGGAUAAAAACUGGAAAAAUGAAUUUAAGCUGAAAGCCAUAGCUGAUGAUCUAG